AUCCAGUGAUGCUGUGCACUCUUGUGUAGGUUGCAGACAAGGCUCAGAGCCCAUGUGGCUGUGGCACAGGCCUCAGCUGUGGCUCCAACUCAAUCCCUAGCCUGGCCUAAAAAAAGACAAAUGUAGAAAUAAAUUUGCUGGAGUUCCCGUUGUGGCUCAGUGGUUAACAAAUCUGACUAGGAACCAUGAGGUUGCAGGUUCGAUCCCUGGCCUUGCUGAGUGGGUUAAGGAUCCGGCGUUGCUAUGAACUGUGGUGUAGGCUGCAGCGGCUACAGCUUCAAUUAGACCCCCUAGCCUGGGAACCUCCAUAUGCCGCGGGAACAGCCCUAGAAAAGGCAAGAAGACAAAAAAAAAAAAAAAAAAAAUGCUGGUUCCUGAGUCAUGAGGGUUGAAUUCUCCGUCUCCACAAGUUUCUCGUGAAAGAGCACUGGGAAACAGUGGGACCUAGAAACAUGGGGACACAGAGGAAACAGUCUUGAACCCCCAUAUUCACUGGGAACCUCCCUUGCCAGUGAGAGGAGACCACCAGCAGUCCUGGGCUUGAAAACCCUGUGAUGACCUCCUCUGAGGCAGAUGCCUUGAAAGGCUGUCUGCCUUCCUCAAGACUCAGCACAAGCACCCCUGCUGUCACGGACCCACAAGUGCAGAGUCAAGCACGUUCAGGGGACAGCAGUUCACGAUGACCAAGAAGGAACAGCUUUUAUACCAAAAGAAGGGCAAGACUUGCAGACAGAUGAAUAGUCAGAACUCUGGGGAACCCAUGCAGGAGUGGGUUCUUAGGUGUUAGGCCAGGGAGGGUGGAUCACACUGGAUAAGGCCACACUGAUGGACGGGAGGGCACUUACCAGAGGUUCUAGACAUAAUGAGUGAGGUGGUGCAGCUGGGGGUGGUCCCGGCCGCUUUCUCGGUUGGCUGACUGGAACUUGGACUCAACAGUGACCUAUGGUUACUAAGGCGAGACGCCAGAACUGCCUUAGCAUAAUCUGGAGAUAGGAUCCAAAGGCCUGGAGAAGCAGGAGUGCUGGAUGGGCCAACCAUGUUCGACCCGCACAUCCACCCCAACUGUGCUCCACAAGGCGGCACCUCUUCAGUCACUCUGGACAUCCGACUUUACCUGUUCCAGCGGCUGGGUGGUGUUUCUCUCCGACUGGAGCGUCUGCAGACCGAUGCCCACAGCAACCAAAACGGUUCUGAGACUUUCCACUGGCCUGCCGCCACCCCCUGGCUGAAGAACCUCCACGCCCUGGGAGAAGCUAGGCCCCUGGUUCUCCCCUCCUCGGCCGGCCUGCCUGCUCCCCGCCAGUCUCUGCAGCCACCCCUGCACCUUUCCCGAGGUCUCAGAAAACCAGCCCUGACACGCCAGAGGCCCCAUCGCUCAGGUCUGCCUCCGUCCUGCUUCCCCCUCCCCCGCCCCGCAGCCCCGCCCCAGCCCCUCCCGGCCCCUGGGGCCCUCCCAGCCUCCAGCUCCCCUCCCCGCCUGCCCUGCCCGCGGACCUUGGAUGGGCUGGGCUGGGCUGGAGAACCAGAACGACGACACCGCACCGGCACCGCGGGACACACUGAGGGACACAGCACGCGGGACCAGGGCUGAGGGAAGCGGCAGGGAGGGCUGAGCCAAGGCCCAGGGCACUGGAGCUGGCGGGAGCUGGACCCGACGGGAGCUUCCACAGCCGCCCCUUCCCUGGGCCGGGUCAUGCGCUGCCCCAAGUGCCUUCUCUGCCUGUCAGCUCUACUCACGCUCUUGGGCCUCAAGGUGUACAUCGAGUGGACGUCCGAGCCUCGGCUGGGCAAGGCCCACCCCGGACCCCGCGGCACCCCGCCAGGCCCCACAUCCGCCAGCUCCGAGCCCACCCUGCCAGCUAACCUCUCAGCCCGCCUGGGCCAGUUGGGCCCACUGGCCUCCGCCUACUGGAACCAGCAGCAGUGGCGCCUGGGGACCCUACCCAGCGGGGACAGCACUGAGGCGGGGGACUGCCGUGCUUGGGGGGCUGCUGCCGCGGCAGAGAUCCCCGACUUCACCUCCUACCCCGAGGAUCUCCGCCGCUUCCUGCUGUCGGCAGCCUGCCGGAGCUUUCCGCGGUGGCUGCCCAGAGGCAGCGGUGGCCAAGUGGCCGGCUGUGAGGAUCCCGACAUCCCCUACCUGCUCUUGGCCAUCAAGUCGGAGCCAGGACGCUUUGCAGAACGACAAGCUGUGAGGGAGACGUGGGGCGGGCCGGCUCCUGGGGUCCGGCUGCUCUUCCUGCUGGGGUCCCCGGAGGGCAAGGCAGGGCCUGACCUAGGCUCCCUGGUGGCCUGGGAGAGCCGCCGCUACAGCGACCUGCUGCUCUGGGAUUUCCUCGAUGUCCCCUUCAACCAGACGCUCAAGGACCUGCUGCUGCUGGCCUGGCUGGGCCGCCACUGUCCCGGAGUGAGCUUCAUCCUGCAAGCCCAGGAUGACGCCUUUGUGCACACCCCCGCCCUGCUGGACCACCUGCGGGCCCUGCCACCGGGCAAGGCGCGAGGCCUCUACCUGGGAGAGGUCUUCACCCAGGCCAAGCCCCUCCGGAGGCCUGGAGACCCCUUCUAUGUGCCGGGGUCCUUCUUCGAAGGCGGCUAUCCGGCCUAUGCGAGUGGCGGCGGCUACAUCAUCGCGGGGCGCCUGGCACCCUGGCUGCUGCAGGCAGCGGCCCGUGUGGCCCCCUUCCCCUUCAACGAUGUCUACACUGGCCUGUGCUUCCAAGCCUUGGGCCUGGCGCCCAGGACCCACAAAGGCUUCCUCACGGCCUGGCCAGCAGACCGCACGGCUGACCCCUGUGCUUUCCGAGACCUGCUGCUGGUGCGGCCCCUGAGCCCCCAGAACAGCAUCCGCCUCUGGAAGCAGCUUCAGGACCCUCAGCUCCAGUGCUGAACCUUGGCGGGGGGUGGGGCCAGACCUGCUGGCCCUUCGGUCAGCCUCUCCUGCUAGGCCUCGAUGGGAGGAAGGAGGUCCUAGAAAGGAGGCUGCUUGAGCCCCUCCUGGGCCGCCCAAGAGGUGACAGACUGUUUAUGAAAAGUCCAUACUCUUCACUCUGA